AUGGAUUAUACAGAUAUUUACUUGCGUCAGAGGAGAAAAGAUGCCUCUUCAGUUCAAACACCUUCACGACCUGUUGAAGUUGAGAAUGCUACCGAUCAAAGAGUAGAAUGCAUGUUGAGAGGAGCCUUUUCUGUACAACAACUUGUAGAUCGUAUAGAAGGACUCUCAGUCAGAGUUGAUGCUUUUGAUGAAAAGAUGGUAAAUCUUACAAAACUGGUCAAAUUAGCUCAAGGGCUUCAAGAAGAAAAGGAAGGUGACCUUCGCCGUCAACAACAAGAAUUACGAGCACGUUUAAAACGACAAGAACAAAUUACAACACGUCUACAAGAAGAAUUAGAUAGUUUAAGAGAAAAAUUUUCUUCUGGAAUGCGAGAUACGGUAAAUGAAAUUCGACAAGAAAGUGUUAAUGACUUGACAAAUUUCCGAAAACAAAAUGGAGAGCAACUAAAUCAGAUAAAACUAGAUCUUGAAGUUGCUUUAAAUUCUUUUCGAAAGAAUUUUGAACAGCAAACUUUAACUUUGCAAAAGGAAGUUUCUACUAAAACUACAUCUCAACAGGAAGCUUAUAAUAAUCUUCGUGAACAAUUGUACCAUGUGGAAAAAACUAUCCAAACGCUUGAGGCAUCUGUAUCAAAUGAGUCAUCACGACUAAAGCCUUUAGAAGAAAAUAUGGAAAAAUUAUCAGAAACAAAUAAUACAUUACAACAAAAAAUAGAUGUCGCUACAAAUGCUAUAAUAUCUUUUGGAGAAGAUCAAACGCGUUCGCAUGACGCAGUUAUAGAAGAAAUAGAAUCUACGAGGCAGUGGGCAACAAGAAAUCUUCAGCGAGUCAAGCAACAUGUGGAAACUAUUUCUACAGAUGUUGCACAAUUGCAAAAUGGACAAGUUGAGUUGACAACACGAUUAAAUCGUGUAAGUUGCCAAGCUGAAGUAGAGUACAAAAAGCUUCGCGCACUUUUGGCACAAAAGGCACGGGAAGCAGAAGCUCUUGGUACUAUAGUUGGUAAAGAACUUGGAAAAGUUGAAGACAUGGCAGAACGGCACCAAGCCCUCCGCACUGAGGCCUCCGUCCUUAGAGGCGUAGCGUUCUAG